UCAGUCAGUCUCAAGUCUCAACUCUCAACUAAUAUGGCAAGUCCAUCCAAAAUCCAGUCCCAAAUAGAAAGAAACGUCAUCAAAACAAUGGGUGGCUUUGCCAGUAUGUUUCACGAUCAACAUCGGUGUGAUGUCCAGUUUCACUUCAAAGAUGGAAAAUCCAUUGGUGCCCACAUCUUAAUUCUGUCAAUCAGCAGCCCAGUAUUUUCUGCCAUGUUCCAGUCGGGUCUCUUAGAGUCUCAAACGCGUGAAGUGAACAUCAUUGACACUGAAUUGGACAUAUUCUGGCAACUUCUCGACUACCUGUACACUGGCAGCGCACCCAAACUCUCUGAUGAAAACAUCGCCAAACUACUCUUCGAGGCUGCGGAUAAAUACGCCGUCGAAAACCUUAAAAGUGAAUGUCUCGAGGCUCUGCAGGAACGAGUGAGACUUGACAACGUCGUCAACUUAAUGGUGUGGUCAGACUUCCGAUCAAUCAAAUCGGUUUUUGAUGUGGCAUUGGAAUUCACCGUUAACAAUUUUCGCAAGCUCAUUGUCCAAGCCGACUUCGAGGACUUUCUUAAGAGUUAUCCGGAUUUGUGUUUGAUGGUCAUGAAACGUGUCGCUCUCCUUAUUCCGUGUCAAUGCGACCCGAAUCAACCCGAAGAUGAGGAAAGCGGGGACGAAGAAGAAGAAGAUAAGGAGGAUGAAGAAGAAGAUGAGGAGGAUGAAGAAGAAGAUGAGGAUGAUGAAGCUGCCGAUGAUGAUUUUGACGUUGUUUCUCUUGCUGCCGAUGAUGAUUCUGACGAAAGCGACUAAUGUAGAUUCAGACAUUAUUCUGACCGAGUGAAUAGAAAGGUUUUUCGUUUCCUUGUCUCAUAAGUUUCUGUCAUAAAUUUCCCAGCUCUUUUUGUUUUGUCGCGGUUUUGCAUUGUCGUCGACGAAUUGUAAAUUUACUGCGAAGAUUGCAUCUAUAAGUAUUCUCGAAUUUCUUGUUUGUGGUUCUGCUGCUUCCACGUUCUGCACGUUCCAUCUCAAGAAUACGCAUAAAAUAAAAUAAACUUGCAAAUUACAA